AUGCAGGACAUUAUUGAAGCAGCUGAUGAACUGUACAAGACUUAUCAGACAGACAAACUCUAUGAGCAUCUUCUCCCAUACAAAGAUGUGUCUAAUGAUGAAAUCCAAUGGCGCCUGGCCAGAGUGACGCAUGAUAAGGCCAAACAUGAAAAAGACAAACACAAGAGACACAACUGGAUGAUGGAGGCUUUCUCUUACGCUGAGAAGGCCUUAGAAAUGAACUCAAACAGUCCACAUUGUCACAGGUGGUAUGGGGCUCUGCUGUACUUUACCACUGAUGGCAUUGGAGUGAAACACAAAAUACAGACAGCAUACAAAGUCCGGGAACACUUUGACAAUGCUUUAGCACUAGACCCCACCGAUGUCAUCUCCCUUCAUUCUAUUGGAUAUUGGUGCUUUACAUUCGCUGAACGACCUUGGUACCAGCGGAAGAUUGCUUCUGCACUGUUUGGAGCCUUACCUGAAACAACAUAUGAAGAGGCGCUGGAGUGGUUCUUGAAAGCAGAAGAAAUGCAAGAGAAUUUUAUGUGCACAAACCUCUUGAUGAUUGCCAAGUCCUACCUGCGCAUCCACAAUAAAGAGAAAGCCGUGGAGUACUUGAAGAAGGCAGCCGACUAUCAUGUUAAGACCCCAGACGAUGAACAGUCCCAGAAAGAAGCAGCGGAUCUGUUGAAACACAUGGGACACGGACAUCUGUUGAACGGCUGUAUACACUAG